AUGUCGACCAAUGAUACAGGAAGCAACAGUGCGAGAUCUGUAUCCACCGCGCUCGAUACCUCUCGUCGCGAGAUCCGCAUAUUGGCCAUCAACCCUGCUGACGACCUCGACAGUAUACUGGUGUGCAACUUGCAGACAGUCGCCUUAGACGACUGUACGCCUGAGUACCGCGACAGUCUUCGCUCCGGAAUCGCUGCAACGGAUGUCAAAACUGGAGCUCAAUAUGAAGUCUACUGCAGAGACUGUGCCUACGAUGUUCCGUGCUCAAAGAUCAAGAUACCUCGGUGGCGAUUCCGUAACCAGCGACUCUCUUGGUACGAGAUGAAACGAGCCUUUGGAAUGCAUCCAGACAUGGAAGACCCGACCGACGCCAUGUCAACACCAGCUCUUACUGUCAAUGAUCCGAUGGUACUGGUAUCGGCACCAUGGAGGACGGCUUGCGUCACGCCACGGUACACAUGGGGUGACUACCAAGCUCUUUCUUACUGCUGGGAGUCAGAGGAAAAGGUUUGCAAGGUGGUCCUAAACGGGUGCACUGUCUUGAUCCCUAAGAACUUGGCAGCGGCUCUCAGACGACUCCGCAGAACAGAGGAAGUCCGCUCCGGAUUGAAGAUCUGGUGUGAUGCAUUGUGCGUCGACCAAGAUAAUAUCGCCGAGCGGAAUCAUCAAGUCUCGCUGAUGGGCAAUGUGUACCGCGGUGCUCUGGCUGUUGUCGUUUGGCUUGGUCCAAGUGGUGACGAAAGUCAAAGCGCUUUUCACAGUAUGCUACAGCUGCAUCAUGUUGAGAACGCGUUCUGCUGGAAUCCCGAACCUAGGGAUCGGAACAACUGUGAGGAUUGGCUACGCGGCAUACCUUGGGUGGCUGUACUGAAGCUUUUCUCGAGAACCUACUGGCGUCGACUUUGGAUCGUGCAAGAGUUAGCUCUCAACAACCAGAUGACGGUCUUCUAUUGCGGUGACGAGCAGAUCUCCCAAGAGGCUCUCUCCAUUGUAGCAGCACUUAUGAGGGACAUUUCCAGCACCAUCACCAUUACUCUGCUGGCGCAGCGUACGAGCAGUGGCGACAGCACUGGCAGCUCACAGCAAUACUCUCAGCCAGAGAUAUAUGCGCUUUGUGAUCAUGUGCGCGUUUUGUCAAGCGACGAUGACUUGGAAAUUGGCAGAUAUUCUGAACCUAGCACAGAAAGCAGGUUGCAAGGAUGCUAA